AUGUGCAUGUCCAUCGGCGGAUGGGGCGAUACCGCUGGCUUCUCAGUCGCCGCAGCAGAUGGACCAUCUAGGGAGCUGUACGCACGAAACGUCAAUCAGACCCUCGCGGAGCACGGCUACGACUGUGUCGACAUUGAUUGGGAAUACCCUGGCGGAGAUGGCGAAGACUACAAGCAGCACCCCGACGCGGUGAAGGUCGGCGAGAAGGCGACCUAUCCGCUCUUGCUGCAAGCGAUUAGGGAUGCGAUCGAUGGGAAGGAACUUACCAUUGCUGUACCAGGACUGGAACGAUCCAUGAUCGCUUUCACUGCAGACCAGGUCCCGAAGAUCAAUGAUAUUGUUGACGUGGUCAAUUGGCAUGGGUUUAGACGUACCACAACGACAACACAUCACACCUCAGUCCAAGGCUCCCUCGAAUCUGUCCAGCGGUACAUCGACCGAGGCAUCGACCCGGCAAAGAUCAAUAUUGGCUUCGCCUUCUACGCCAAGUACUUCCCCACAACAGGCCCCUGCCCCCAGGGCCUCGGCUGCCCGGUAGUCGCUCUGGAGGAUCUCGUCACGGGCGCCGACAGCGGCUUGUCUGGCGCUGUCACGUUUCAACAAGGGAAUGCGAUGUUUUCCAAAGGAAAGGCUGACGAGACUGCGGGCGGUCAAUAUUACUGGGACUCUGAUACGAAGUAUUUCUGGACUUGGGACACGCCCGAGUUCAUUGCACAGAAGUUCGUGAAAUCGUGA